UUUACACGAUGCAAGUGGGUAACAGUUGUUCACACUCUUUUCGUUCCAGAAUGAUUCUUUUAGAAAGAACAUGGCGUAUCUUUUAGUUUUUGAGUAAUAUUAUUGUGAGAAAGUAUUUUCUGUGAUAUAUCGUGCUUCCGUUGGUUGGAACAUGGCGGAUGGCUACUUGGGAAUGCCGUCUUGAAAUUUGGAGUUGUUGUUCAGAUUUUGUUAACAGUCUCUUAUUCCCAAGAGUGACAAUACCCGUGCUUCAAAGACAAUACGUGCAUGUGCUUUGAACUGAUCAACUGCAUUAAUUUCCUGGCGUUUCAUAAUCCGAAAAUAUAGUGAAAAUAUUCAUGUGACCGGGCAACUAGAAUCAAACAUGGCGUCUGCCUUGAACGAGGAAAGCGUACAGAAGAAAUUACAGAGUGUAACAAACGCCCAAGACAGCAUACAAAGCCUGUCACUCUGGAUCAUACACCACAAGACACACCACAAGGAAAUUGUGCGUUUGUGGUUGAACGUAUUUAAAAAAGCGAAAGCUGCUCAUCGACUGACUCUGUUUUACUUGUGCAAUGAUGUUGUACAAAACUGUAAGAGGAAGAAUGCCAUCGUGUAUCGAGAGAGUUUCAAGGAUGUCAUCAGAGCAGCUGCUAUAUUUGCAAGAGAUAAGACUAUCAAGGGGAAGGUAGAGAGGAUCUUCAACAUCUGGAAGGAACGCAGUGUGUUUGAUGGGAAGUACAUCUCUAGUCUACACGGCAUCAUGGGUACCCAGUCAGAUUCCCAUUCCCAUUCUUCAAAACGCAAGACAUCCUCCAAGCCAGCCUCUCCUGCAGUCACAGUGACCCCUGCUGCUGUUUCCACCCCUCCUGCAGGACCUAAACCUGCCAUCUCACAGGUGGACCCCAAACUCAUCGCUGAUUUCAAGCCAUCAGUGCUCCUGGACAGGAUGAGGACGUUCAACCUUAUGGAGCAGGAUGUUGUUCUCAGGCACAGGCAGAUGGCGCAUCUCAAACUGGAUGUGUCCAGCCAAGAGGCUGUCAAGCAACUCAAAGACAAGACACAUGGGAAGGAGUUCUCGCAUCAGUUUGAGGACUCGUGUUUGAAGCUGGAGGACUACCUGGAGAAGCUGGACACCCAGAAUCAAAACAGGAAGACUCUCUUGGAAUUCAUGGAGACAGCUGAACUCUUCUAUGAUGAGCAAUACAGAGAGGCCAAGAUUGUUGCCAAUGCAUACAAGAAUUUUGGUACACGCAUUACCAACAUGAGUAAGCGGGUUAGUGACCUAAAGAAAACCCUGCCCUACACGAUCAGCCCUGUUCCUUCACCUGCCUUGGAUGCCCCGUCACCUGGACAGACUCCCAGGGAGGACGACAACAUAGAGGCUGUGGACAUGGAUCUGUCAGAGGAUGAUACAGCUUCGUCAGUGGGGAUACAUGCUCACACUACAACUACAAAGUCCAUCUUAAAUCCUAUUGCAAGUGUAACACAGAUUACAGUGAAAGGAGGGGAUUCCCCAGGCACACCAGAACACCAGCCUGUCAUGGCUGUCUAUCAGCCUCCCAGUAAGAAGGGAAUGGGUGAUGGCCUUGACAAAAGACUAGCUAACCUGAUCCCUAGUCUACCAAUGUCCCACAACUCGAAGAAGAAUCUGCCUGAGUCACAAGAUGUUUUCUCUCAUGCUGCUCUUGCUGGGAGCAACAAGAACCUAACAUCCCACAACAUUCAGUCAUACAGUGCCAAGAAUGUGUUUAGUGGGGGCAGUGAGGGGGGUUCCACCCCUCUGAGUGAUGAACGCUGCUCAACACCGGUGCAAGAUGAGGUUCCCGAGGUGGAGCCCGAAGAUGAGCAGGACAGUCUGCUGGAGCAAGUGAAGGAGGCAUCUAACCCAAUAGACAUUCUCACUAAACUCAUCAGUAAAUCACAGAAGAGUGCUCCUUCUGCAUCAGAGUCAAAUUUUCUGCAAAGUUUAUCACUGCUGACUAGCACUGUUAAGUCACAGGUGGAGAAAGCAAAGUUAGCAAAAAUGAAAAAGCCUGAAGAUAGCUCUGAUGAUGAAGAAGGGAGUCAAGAUGAGACUGGUUUGCAGCCCAAAUCAUGGGCUGCAUGGAAAGCCAAAUCAAAUCCUCCUGAGGAAACUAGUCGCACACCUCCCCGGCCUAUCCCUUCCAUUCAGUCCUCAAGGCCAGAGCAGCAGAUAUCUGGUCUUGUUUCUGAAUCUGAUGAGUCACUACCAGAUCAAGGUGAUCUGCAGGAUAGUAUCCCAGAUCCAGUUCCACAACCAUCAAUGCAAGUUCCUCAAGGUCCACCGAUACAGGUGGCUCAGGCUCCUCUGGGCCAAGGGAUGCAUCCAGGUCCUGUUAGUGCUCCUGUUCUACCUAGCAGCCUACCUCCAGGGCCUGUAAUGGCCCCUGGUCAUCCAGCUGCUCCAGCAGUCCAACAUGGUCAUCCUGGUCCAGGACAGCCACCAACUCAAGUCCAACCAUCAGGACACCUCCAGGGACCUCCCAUUCAUCAGGGUCCACCACCAGGGCAUCCCCAAGGGCCACCUCAAGGACAUCAUCAAGGACACCCCCAUGGUCUACCACCUGGGCAUCCCCAUGGCCCUCAUACUCCUACCCAUGGCCCUCCACAUACCCCUACCCAUGGCCCUCCACAUACCCCUACCCAUGGCCCUCCACUUGGCCCUCCCCAUGGCCCUCCACCAGCACAUCCUCAAGGUCUUCCACCAGAUCAGAGACCACCUCUGACAUUACCUCCUGGUAUACCCAUGAGUCAGCCUCCAAGACCAUUACCUGGACAUCCCAUGCAUCCUGGAAUGGGAGUGCAACCUUUAGCCCCUCCAAUUCCUCCUCGACCUCCAUCAAAUCCCCCUGUGAGUUACAUGCCUCCUCGUCUACACAUCCCUCCCCCACAUUUUUCCACAACUCCCACUUCAGUUUCAUACAAUCCCCUAAUGACACCACCCCCAGGAUACAUGCCUCAGACUUCUCCUAGUCAGAAAGAAAACUGGCCCUCUUCUGACUCGACUCAAAGCUCUCCUAGUGCUCUUGUAUCACUUGUAGGACCAGAUGUACCCCCAAUGAACCAAAGAUCGUCACCAGCAGCUGAGAUGCCAAAUCCACCUUUCAAUUCGCCUCUCCCGAAACCACCUAAAGGUAUAUUGAGAAACUCUCAGGCCCCAGUAUUAAAAGAGGUGUCCCAAGCAUCGGGUCAACUAGCAGACCUCACUUCUCCCACUCCUGGCUCAGGCCCUAAACCCCCAUCAAUACCCCCAUCCCCAUCAGACUCAAGACCACCUCCUCUGCAUGGGCAGUCACCGCUGGUGCUACAGCCAGGGGAAGAUCUAAUAGAAUUCACAGAGAAGCUAAAAAGAAAAACAGCCGAGUCUCAGCCAGAAGGGCGCCCCAUUCAGCCUGUGUUGAGUCUUAACCCAAGACGGCCAAAUCUAACAACAAUUACUCCCUGUGAAGAAAUGGACACUGACAAUGGUACUGAGACUCAGACAAAUGAGGAAAGUGACACUGAAAACUCUGAAGGAAACAAGUCGAUUCAAUCAAUACAAUCCAUCUCAACACUUGGCAGUGUGGUUCGACGUGUUGAUCAUUCAGAUCGAGACAAGGGGAAGCCAUGCAGAAAUGAGACGGAAGCCAGUGGAACCAUUGCAACAUGGAGGACAUGGGUCACAUUACGGGUCUGAUUACAGAGAUCCUUACUUUGACCGACACAGGAGUCAGCCGCACCACUACCCCCCUCACGACCCCUACAGAGACCCCUACAGAGACCCCUAUGCUCGGUAUCCCCCAUACUAUCGUAAUGAUCCCUACGGCCCCUCACCAUCUAAGAGACCCUACCCAGAUCCUUAUGAUCGAAGGAGACCUAAUUAUCGGUACUAACAAGUGGUGAUUGAGCUGAGAAGUGGAAUGUGUGCUUUGUGAAUGGCAUCUGUAAAGAUUCUAUACAGUGGUUUGAAUGUUUUGUAACUUAGUUACAUCCAUGAUACUCUGAAUGUUUCCAAACUGGCAUGGGUCGUGCAUGACAGCAAAGAAAGGACAGCUGCUGUAAAGCAAAUUCUGGGGGAAAUACUAUUCAUGGCAGCAUUUGAACUGAAAUAUGAAAAUGUGAUUGUGCUGUCAUGUUUCUGCUUGUAGAAACCUCUUAUUCCUCAAUUCAAAUGAAACUUGUAUGCAAUGGUUAAUUCUCAAUUUCCUUGACGUCCACAGCGAGUGAGGUCUUUAUGACAAUCUUAGGGCAUGUUAUCUCCUGACAAUUACAGGUCAGUGCAUCAGCUUAUUUCAGUAUCAUGUUAUGAAAAGUUGUGAGCAUUUAUCUGUUUCUGAUGUAUAGUGAAGUUGGACCUUUUAACUGUAUAUCUGUAUGAAAAUGAAAUGAAAUAUUUUAUUGGACUGAGAAAGGUGAUUUAUUUUUUGCCUGUGGGAAUUCUUCAAGACCUUGGCUUAAGUUGCCUGUUGGGCAUGUGUCCUAGUUUUUGUAUAUUUGUCAAAAUGAAUGUGUAGCUAAUUGUGGGUUCAAAACAUGCAUAAGUGGAAAUAGUUCUGUAACCGUAUGGGUUCUAUAAUGAUUACAAUGGAAAAUAUCUUGAAAAUGGCUCUUUGGGAUUUAUCGUGUUGAAUUGCUGAGGAAGGGUUUUUUUAAAGAAGAAGCAUGCAGUUUCAAAUGCUGUUCAAACACUACUCUCUACGUCUUCAUUCCUUGGAAACUGUUCCAGUAACAGCAGCAGAACCUUGCUGUUAAUGCUUGUGCUGUCAAUGCUUUUGGGGAUAGUACCGGUACUCUCAUUAUACAUAUAAAGACUAAUGUUGGCUUGGUAACCAUGGAUUCCUGAAGCUGAUGUGUAUCAUUGCUUUGAAAGUGUAGCAAAAUGUUCAAAAGUGGACUUAAUAGAAAUGCAUGACCGUGUUUACAAUUACCUGACAGUUUGUGUUCUAUCACAGGCUAUCGUGCAUUUGUAUUUCUGUUAUUUAUCUCAAUUGUACUGUCUCUUUGAAAAAGGGCAUUUUUAGAUUUCAAUGUUUCACUUGUUUUGUUUGUGAUUUUUGCAACACAUUAUUUUCAAUUGUGUCUUGGGGGACUGUUCUGCCAGGCAGGGGUGUCAGAAUAUAUAGCACUAUUUCAAUGAGGCAUGGGUGAAUACUGUGUAGUUUGUGUACUGUGUAUGAAUGUUUGUUCAAAGUGUCCAAUAAGGAAAUGCAUCAUGCUAUAAUGAUUGAUUGUUGGUAGCAAUUUUCUAUGAAGUUUUAGGAGCAUUUCCACAUAAAUGACCAAGCUGUUUUCAUGCACUAUGUUAAUUGAAAUAAUUGUCUGUGGUCUAUUUGUUUGUUAACAGUACUUAAUUUAAAUGAAAAACAAGCAAUUAUGAUUCACAAUAUAUUUCUAGGGUCUGCUUCUACUUUGAGUAAAGAUAGAUCGACAAAACAACAGAAAGGUAUUCAUUUCUAAGUUUCAGUAUUCCUUUUGAUUUUUAGUUUAUAAAGGGACCAUAAAGAAAUAUUUUUGUUAUUUUGAACACAUUGUUACUGCCCACAGUACAUAGGCUUACCCAUCUGUGUGGGAGAAUAAGGUGGUGCUGACGUUCUGACACCCCUGAUUAACUGCGUCAGUUUGCACAGACCGACAGUUCCAGUCUUAAUUCAGUUGUAUGCAUGGCAGAAUGUGAGAGUGAGAUGUAUUGGGAAGAUGUACAGCUUGAUGUAUAUUUCCAGGCAAAAAUAAAUAAGUCUGACUUUUUUAA